CAUAAUUUGACAACAAUUGGGAACAUUGUCUUAGUACAUGCUAAAUUUUUAAUAAAAGUCCUGUUGCCUGAAUUUUGUUAGAACAGAAAUAACACACUGAAGCUUGUCCCAGAUGACCCAAAUUCACCCUAUUGGAGACAGAUCUUUGAUAAUAUUAUGAAAACACCAUAAUAAACAUGGUGGCAUGUAAAAUCUCAUGUAAUACCUUUGCUAUAAACUGGUAACGUUACAGCUAGAGUGUUUUGAACGGGUAAAAUACAAUCAGAAGCAAUGGAUUAUGGGAUUUGAAGUCAAAUGAAACACAAUAAUACUACUAAUGCAUUGUUUGAAGGACAUUGAUGCCGUUUUAAUUAUGGAUUUAUGCACAAAUAAGGCUGUUUCAUGAUCCCAGGAGCUGCUAUGGGCGUGGUUUUUACGCGUGUGUUGUUAUAGUAGGCGUGGUUUAGUUGCGUGUCGUGUGUUUGUGGGCGUGGCUGUGACUGCGGUUGUAUGAGGUGAAAGUUUGAGCCGGACUGUGUGUGUGUAUGUGUGUGUGUGUGGAUUCUGACUCUCACACGCGGUAAUGAGCGGUUCAUUCUGGACUGAAACACUCAUUUCUGCUCGCGGUUCGGUCAUGUAGGUGUUGAAGAUUGCAGAACUGGGCAUUUCUACAGGCUGGAGGAGCUUGACGGGGGUUUGGAGGAUGCUUUUAUUGCUUGUGUUGUCAGCUGUGGUCCUGUGUGGAUGUGCACAGUAUUCCAGUGAUCAGUGCAGCUGGACGGGAAGCGGUCUGACGCACGAGUCUCACGCGCGGGAUGUGGAGCAGGUGUAUCUGCGCUGUGCUGAAGGCUCUCUGCAGUGGCUGUAUCCCACCGGAGCGGUGAUGGUGAACCUGCGGCCGAACCUGCCGUCCUCCGCUGAUCUACGUGUGUGUGUGAAGCCGAGGCGGGACUCUCGCGGGGCCACUGUGCUGCUGGAGCGGGCGGGAGCGCUGCGGGUGCUGCUGAGCGAGGAGGAGCAGGCGGCGGGACGCGUGCGCUGCUUCAGUCUGCAGGAGGGGGCGCUGUUUCUGGAGGCGUCCGUACAGCGGGACAUCAGCAGGAGGAUCACUGCCUUCCAGUAUCAGCUCAGCUACGCACACACUGCUGAUCAACACACAGACUCCUGCAGGCCGUGUGCAGAUGAAGAGCUGCUGUUGUCCGUGUGCACCAGUGACUUUGUGGCGCGUGGCAGAAUCAGUCGCGUAGAGGAUAAUGAUGAAGAUGAAGAUGAAGAUGGGGUGUCAGUGGUGCUGUCUGUGAGCCGUGUGUAUCGGCAGAAGAGCCGUAUAUUCGUGUCGGCCGGCGGGGGGCGCGGGCGUGACCGGUGGACGGGUCGAGUGCAGAUUCUGCAGCGCUGUGAUCCGCAGGCCGGACCCACAGAGUUCCUGUUCACCGGAGCGCUGCGGUUCGGAGACGCCUGGCUGGGAUGCGCUCCGCUCUACACAGACUUUCUCAGAGUUUAUCAAGCGGCUCGGGACGCAGGAACAAACCCCUGCACCAUAAACACUGACUAAACACACACACACACCUGAAGAUCUCUGCAGAACAGGCCUGACCGGGACUCUUUCACUGGGAAUCAAGAGAGAUGAGUUGAAGUUGUGUUUGGGGGAAACUGGUUUAGAGAACUAAAGCUGAUUAAUAUAUACAUGUUGAUUUUCUGGACUUUAUAUUCCCUCAUAAUAGUUCAUCCAGCUAUUAGAAUGACAUUAUAUUUAUGAUGAAAGGAGGUCUGGACAUGUUCCUGAUGUGUGUGUGUGUGUGUGUGUGUGUGUGUGUGUGUGUGUGUGUGUGUGUGUGUGUGUGAGUGUGAGUUGGUGUUUCCAGAUGGACAGAUCUCACUUAGAUUCUGACCAGUUCUGUGUCCCACACACACACACACACAGUUGUGUUUGUUUGUUUCUGCUUGUUUGUGUAUCCUGAUUUCACAUGUCUGAAAUUGAUACAGAGGGAGAGUGUGUCGAAGCACUUGGAAAUGUGUGUGUGUGUGAGAGAGAGAGAGAUUGUGUUCUUUGUGUAUGUUAUUUUGUUUGUUUGUGUGUGAAUUUGUGAGGGUGUGUUAUUUUGUUUAUGAGUGUGAAUUUGAGUGUGUGUUUUUUGUGUUUAUGCAUUUGUAAGUGUGUGAGUGUCUGUUUGUGUGUGUUGUUUUGUUUAUUCGUGCGAAUUUGUGAGUGUGCGUGUUGUUUUGUUUGUGUUUAAGCAU